AUCGAUGCUACCACUUUCUGACCCCCGCCAAAGGCUCUCCAGUUGGUUUAUGUAGCCACUGGUGCCGUAGGCCAAUCAGGCAUCAAUGCUUCUGAAAGUCGGCCUUGGCCGGUGACGAUUUGCCGACGACUUGACUUCAUUCAGCCGUUCAACGCCCAGAUUGGCAACCAGGUUGAAACCUCCAGCUUCCGCAAACCGAUCGUGUCCCUCGUCAACGUCCGUCACGGCUCGAAAUCACAAUAUCGCAAGUAUAACUUCGUCCACGAGGCGCAGGCUUUAUUUUCUCUUAUUCCAAGGUCCGGUGUCCUUCAAUGCAUGGCGUCUGGCAACAAUAGCGAAUAGCUCGCUCACCCUCCGUAUUCCUCACCCGCCAGCUCCCGCAACACACACCUUCUACGAUGUCUCUCACGGAGUCUUUCAUGAUUCCAGACGUAUCUGUCUUGGAUAAUGACGAUCUCGACUCUUUGCCUUCCACAUCGACUGACUCCUACAACUCCGACGAUGCCGAUUUCGAUGCACAACAGGAAUGGGAACGGAGCAUAGAACAGCUACAACUGCUUCUCACCAUGAUCUUGGUACCAUUUGCGGGCAAAUAUCUGGGUCGAAAAUUUGCAUAUUGGAGUUGGGCGCGAUAUAUGGAAUGGAUGCACGACGUCGAAAUACGCUGGACAAACGAGAAGAAAUUCAAGGUCGCCGGGGCUGCUGAGGUUGCGGCAACACUUUGAUAAAUGACGAUGCAAGGAUUUGCCUACGAUGAGUGCAGGCAGUACAUAGGGGUUUGGCUGCCGUCGAAAUCUCUAUAGACGGUGCAGUACACUGGUCCCGGUGAACAUAGAAGGGCGGAUAUCUCGCAUAAUGGUUGUUCCAGAAAUCGAGACAACAUUUUGAGCAUCGGGAAUUACAACAUCACAUCUGUCAUCUUUCCAAUAACUCUAGAGAAUUGGGUAGGUCAGAUCUCAAAUUCGUGAGUGCUUUGAAGUUUAUCGAACGUUUGGCUAUACCGGUGCACAGACUCUCCUCGGCUUGACGAAACGCGUCUCAUGUUUCCAAAGAAGCAUAGGAACGUUUGGCAUGGCAAUAAAAUAACUCUAUGCCCAUCUCUCUUUGCUACAAUAUGUAUCCUUGAG